AUUUGUUCCCACCUCGAACCUCGCGAUCUGCUCCGUCUCGUGCGGUCUGCGAAAGUUUUUGCACAAUAUCUCCUCAGACCAAGUGCCGCAUGGGUGUGGAGAGCCUCUCGGGAGGAGUGUGCGCCGGACAUGCCCCCGAUUCACCCAGAUCUUACAGAGCAAAAAUAUGCUUUUCUGGGCUUCGGCUCCCAUUGUCAGAACUGCGGGACUGUCACACCUGUGCCUGUCAACUGGUACUUGCGGAAACGAUGGUGCUCCAGCUGC